UAGUUUUCCUUUUAUUUUUCUUCUUUUUCUCUCAACUUUUAUUGUGUCCCUCUUCUUCACUGCACUGCGAUGAGCAUGAGCAAACAAGAGGAGAGAUUUUCUGGAAUGGAAUCUGUCUUCUCAGGUUCUGCGCUUGAUCCAGAUAAGUGUAGCAGGCUAAGCUUGGGAGAGCAGAUAAAGCUUGUUCAUGAGAUCGCUCAUUGCUCAAAAGAUGCCCCGGAGUUGCUCCGUGCCUUUACCCGCAGGGAGCUUCUCAAAAUCAUUUGUGUUGAAAUGGGUAAGGAGAGGAAGUACACGGGAUAUUCAAAAUUCCAGAUGAUAGAACACCUACUAAAGUUAGUCUCACAGAGAUCCAAGAGGAGCAAUACUGAUAGCUUGACUGCUAUUUCGCCGGGAAAAAUUCAAGUUCAAACUAAAAGGCAAAGGAACAUAGAAGCUCCACUUCAACUAGUCAAUGAGCAAGAUCUUGCCACUAAUAAAGUGGAACAUGCUAAUCUUCGGCUCUGUGAGAAUGUUGCUUGUAGGGCUAACUUAAGCUUAGAAGAUGCUUUUUGCAAAAGAUGUUCUUGUUGCAUAUGUCAUCAUUAUGAUGACAACAAGGAUCCUAGUUUGUGGUUGACCUGUGGGGCCGACGUUGUUGGAGAGAACAACUCGUGUGGAAUGUCGUGCCAUCUGGAGUGUGCUUUGAAGCACGAAAGAUCGGGCAUUUCGAAGAAGGAUUGCUCUACUAAGUUGGAUGGGAGCUUCUAUUGUGUUUCCUGUGGAAAGAUCAAUGAUAUUAUGAGAACGUGGAAGAAACAACUGUUGGUUGCCAAAGAGGCAAGAAGGGUAGAUGUUCUAUGUCUACGGCUUUCUCUAUGUCACAAGAUUCUUUUUGGGACAGAGAAAUACAAACAAGUGCAGAGAAUAGUCGAAAGCGCUGUCAAAAUGCUGAACAAGGAAGUGGGACCUUUAGAUCAGGUUUGUGCAAAGAUGUCGCGCGGCAUUGUUAACAGGCUCUCUUGCGGUUUUGAGGUUCAGAAGAUGUGCUCUUCUGCAGUAGAAUAUUUCGACUCCAUGUUUUCAUCUGCUGACCCUAGCUACAUGGGGAAGAAAGAGCUCGCAACAAUUUGUGAGAUACAGUUAGAGGAAUUGUCCCCUACUUCGGUGAUGAUUGUGUUGCAAUAUGAAGAUCAUCUGCUGAAUGAUGUACUAGGCUGCAGGCUAUGGCACCGCAAAUGUGACAUGAGGGAUUACCCCGAACAACCCUCUUUCAUUGUAUUUAAGCCGGAGAAGAGAUUUAAACUCACCAAUCUCCAUCCUUCAACAGAGUAUUCCUGCAAGGUUUCUUUGAUCGGCAGCCGAGGAGUCUUGGGCGUUUGGGAAGCUAAAUGGGUCACGCCUGCACUGUCUGAAAGUCCUGAUGCUGCGUUACGUAAUCAGCAUGAAAAGGAAGAAAACAUGGCAUUUGGUCAGAAUCAUUCUCAAGCAGAAUCAACCAACUCUAGUGACAAUAAACUUGCUUCCAAAGACCAUCCUGCAAAGCUCCAGUUAUUGGACGGCAUCACCAAGAAGAAGAUUAAAGGGUUCCACAUGCCGCCUUCUUUGACGAUCACCCCAUCAGUCUCACCUUUGACACCUUGUAAAUCGGACAGAAUGCGGAAAGUUCCUUGUCCGGUUAGUGGAAAGAGAUCUGAAGAGAGUGAUUAUGAAUAUUCUGUGAGAGUAAUCAAAUGGCUAGAGAAUGAAGGGCAUAUAAAUGCAGAUUUUAGAGUCAAGUUUCUUACUUGGUUCAGCCUCAAAGCAACUAAGCAAGAGAGAAGAGUGGUCAGCGUUUUUGUGGACACUUUUGUUGAUGAUCCGCCAAGCUUGGCUGGGCAGCUUACGCACACCUUCCUGGAUAAGAUUGGCUGUGAGCAAAACCAAUUUCUAGGUAUGGGUUUUGCACAAGUUUGCGGCACUGAAUUUCAACGGGAUAUUUUGUUUUUACUUUCGGUUCCAAUCUUGUCAUUCCUACCUAUUACUUCUCCUCUGGGCAGUAACGAGGGAUCCAUUGAGAUCGAUUGAAAGUGAGGACAUAAAAAAUCUUUCAUUUUAUGAAGGAAAAAAAAAAAAAAAAAAAGGAAAAGGACUCGAGGUGCUUUGUUUAAGGGAGAGGAAAAUAUGGUUCUCCAAGUCACUCACAUCUAGACACAAAAAAAAAAAAAAAAAA